UGUAUUUUAUGAUUUUGUGGUUUUUGUCACAGAGCAAUCACAGAGUUUAUGUGAACAUAGAUUUUUGUAUGUGUUUUAAAUUAUUAAAAUUCAUUUCAUGUUGCUGUGUUUUAGAUUGUGUUAAAUUUGAGAAAAAUAUUAAUAUUCCUAUUGAAAUAAUUACCAUUCAUGCAAUCGUAGCACUUAUGUUUAAUUGUAGCAAUUGAUAAAAUCUUAAAAUUUAAGAAUUUAGUAUUAUUCUAAAUUAGGUAGCAAUAAUGUUCAAGAAGUUCAAAGAUAAAUUGGCCGAGGAAGUUAAAUCAUCUCCUCAAAGGAUCCAACAGUUUGCACAAGCUGCUCAGGCAGCAGUAUCUUCAGCUUCAAGCAGUAUAUCAGAUAUUACAAAUAAUGAUUUAUUUUCUAUUGGCGAUAAUGAUGCUUCCAGCAAAAAUCGGAUUUCCAACAACCAACCAAAUAACUUACAGGAAGUUCACCCAGGAAAUGUGCAAGCAAAUGUUGAACCUAUGGAUUAUCAUCUGACUCAAGAGAUGUCUCAAGAAAGCCAAAGACAACGAAGAUUAUCCAACAGUUCUUUGGCUAGCGACAUAUCUUUUCGACUACCUAGCUAUGAGAGUCCGUCUAUGUACCACUUACAAUCAGAUAUGGAGGUAUCGGCGAGUGAAGCUGAGGACAGAGGGUUUGCUGGUGGGACAGUUAAUCUUGACCGUGUGACAAAAGAGCAACUCUACUCUGCAUAUCGCCGUACGCAGGAUCGAUGUACCAAAUACAAAACACAGUAUGCAGAUCUUGCACGUCAUUACAAACUUCUAGAGAGAGAAAAUGCAAAAGCUAAGAAUGUUCUUGUAGAGACACAGGACAAGGCACUAAGAAGAAUAUCUGAAUUGCGAGAACAAUGUUCAUUAGAACAAAGUGCUAAAGCUCAUCUUGAGAAAGCCCUUCAAAUCGACAUAGAAGAAAAAAAUAUGAAAAUUGAAACUCUUAAUACAAAACUAAGUCUUCUACAGAGUAAUCAUGCAACUGUGAGCAAUAAUUUAUUGGAAAACAAUAAAAAUCCAAAUUUAUCUGAAGGAAAUGAAAGGGAUCUCCCUUUAAUAACUCUGGCCACAGAUAAUGUGAGCGUGGAAAAGUUAGCAAAUGAAGAUCCUUUGCCUUGUGAAAUGACUGUUUUGAACAAUAAAGUAGAAAAAAUGGAACAGUUAAUUAAUAAAUACAAAGACUCGCUCAAGACAACUAAAGAGAAGAAUUCUCUGCUAACUGCCGAGUUACAAAAAAUUUCAAACGAACUGGAUAUGAAAGUAAGAGAAAAUGAUCAAUUACAAGCUACAUCUAUAUCUUUACUGGAAGCCAGAAAAAAAAUUGAGGAACUUAACGAAAAGAUAGAAGAAUUACAAAACAAAAAUAAUUCCAAUGAAUUUGUGAAAAGUAAAGAAAUGUCAAUCCUAGAGUUGAAUUUAAAAAAUGCACAAGAAGAAGUUCUACAAUUGCAUAAAAAAAUUGAAGUGCUGAGUAAAAGAGAAGAAGAAUAUGCUAUAUCUCUGGCUGAAAAUAAACUUAGUAUUCAUAAGGAAUUAGAAGGAAAAGAAAACGAAAUCAAAUCCUUAAAAGAAAGUUUAAAUAAUAGUCAAAAUGAGAUGCACAGCCUCAAUAUAAUAUUAAAUGAUUACAAGAAUAAAAUAAAUCAUUUAGAAGAAGAAAACUCUAAAUUGAGAAAUGAUAUAAAUGAACUCAAUACUGAUAAAACAAAAAUUUUAGAGGUGAAAACUGAAUUAGAAACUUUCGCACAAAAAUGUCAACGUCUCGAAAGUUUGAUCAAUAAGUCGGAUGAAGAAUAUAAAUGUCUUGAAUUACAAAUGAAGCAAGAAAAUGCUGAAAAACUAGCAAUGGUUGAUAGAAAUGUUUAUUUAGAAAAUAGGAAUGCACAGUUGCUUGAAGAAAACUCAAAAAAAAAUUCAAAGAUCAGCCAAGUCGAACAAGAACUACAAUCACUUAAAAAUAAUAUUGAAAGUUUAAAAAUUGAAGAACAUGUAGAUUCUACAGAAAUUAGUAAAUAUGUGGAAGAAUUGAACGAAUGGAAAGUAAAAUGCAGUAACUUGGAAUCUGAAAUACAAGAUGAAAGAAUAGAACUAGUAAAAUUACAGUCCGAAAUUGAAAAACUCUUAGCUAAUCACGAAUUAGUUCAGAAUUGCAAUAAGAACUUAAAUAUUACUGUAAACGAAUUAAAGAUGGAAAUUGGUAUUUUGAAAGAUAAAGUACAAGACACGCAACGGCUCCAAUUAAGUUGUGAAGACUUGAAACUCAAAAUACAUAAUUUGCGAAAUACAAUUACUGUAGCGUCAGAACAAUCUAAAACGUUUAAACAACUCAUAAACACAUUUAUAAAUACUGUAAAAGACAAAAUUACCGUACUUAGUGAAACUGCAAAACAAGACUUAGCCAGCAUUAUUGAAACAUCCGAGAACUUGGAAAUACGUAAUAAAGCAUUAGAAAACGAAGUUCAAAAGAUAACAGAACAAUGUAAUAUGAUAAAAAAUGAACUAAUCCGUAACGAAAACGAAAAUAAAGCACUUGAAUUAAAAAUUAAACAACUCGAGGCAGAUAAUGUUUUAUACUUGGAAGAAAUACAGCGUACAAAAGCACAACAUAAAAUUACUCAGAGUGAAAUAAAUAAAUUAAUCGCAGAAUCAGAAAAAUUGAACGAAAAAUUGCGUCUUUGUAAUGAAGAAAAACUAAUAUUAAGUGAACGAAAUGAUUAUUUAGUUAAAGAAAAUGACGAACUACAUACUAAAGAAAAGUCUAUCAUGGUUGAAAAAGAAAUGUUAAAACAAGAGUUCAAUAAAGUUUCUAAUAUGUAUGAAGAAAUGCUAAAUCGUUUUGAAGUUUUGAGUAAAGAGCAUGAUGAACUACUAGAAUUAAAAGAUGCUAAUAUGAAAAAAAACAGUCAAAUCAACGAUUUAGAAAAACGACUUGAAGAAUUUAAAGAAGAAAACAUAUCAUUAAAGAAUCUAUCUGAUUCAAUUUCGAAGAACGUUAUUGACAUCGAGUUCGAGUUAAAAGAAGUUCAAAAGUCACAUACACAAAUUGAAAUGGAAAAAGAUCACUUAAUUAAAGUAAUAGAUAACCUCGAGAAGAAUUCGCCAGCAAGUAAACAAUUGAAUGAUACAAAUACACAGACAGAUUUAGCUGGCUCCAAUAUUAAUGAUGAACUUGUGGAAAGCAAUCAAAUUAUAAAAACAUUACAAGAAGAGAUGAAGUUGUUGAAAGAAGUGAAUACGACAUUAUCAACACAAAAUGAGCUCAAUCUAUCAAUCAUCAAUGAGAAUGAUGAAAUAUUAAAGCAACGUAAUGUUGCACUUGAUAACCUUAAAGAAGAUAAUAGACGUCUACAGUCUGAUAUUGAAGGUCUUCAAACUCAUAUAACUAAAGUUUCUAAGGAAAAUAGUCAAUUAAAUGAUAAAUUACGGGAGAUAAUUGCCUCAACAGAAAAUAUUCCUGAAAAGGUUGAUAUACUAUCGCACGACCUGGAAACUUUAAAAAAUGAAAUUCAGAGUGGCAAAGACAAAAUAGAGAGUUUAAUUAGAGAAAAUUCUUUCCUUGCUGAAGAAAAUUUGGAACUUAAGGAUCAAUUACAAUCACAAACUUAUUCUCAAUCGACCGCGACAGGACGAAUUGACAGUAGCGAUAACGUUGAUAACCUCAUGGCUAAAUAUAAUAUUUUAUUGGACACAAAAAAUAAAUUAGAAAAGAAAUUAAGUGACUUAGAAUUGAUGAAUCAAUCGAUAAAUGGAAAUAUGCAACUAAUGCAAGCAAAUAACGAUAAAUUGAAACUUUCUAAUGAAAAAUUGGGCUUGAGAUUAGACGAAGCACUUGUUAGUUUAAGGCAUUUGCAUGCUCUUCAAGAAAAUACUGAAUUAGAAUAUUUGAAAAAUAUUCUUUAUGAGUACUUGACUGGUACUGGAACACAUUCCAUAACUCUAGCUAAGGUAUUAGCAGCGGUAGUUAAAUUUGAUGACAGACAAACAGAGCUAGUGCUACAGAAGGAGAAAGAAAGACAAGGCUUUUUGCGACAACUUGGAAUUAUUUGAUAGAACAGAAAAUAA